CAUAUAACUCAAGAGAUAUCUAACCAAUGUUUAAGUUACAACCUAUUAGAUGUUAAAACUAAGUGCGCUUUAUCCUUUGUUCUCCUUUAUCUCUCCUUGCGAUGGAAUUAUUUUCAACUUAUCCAGAGGAGGCCUCUAUCGUGGCGCUGAAAAAUCUAUCGUCGACCCUGUGCGUUCCCUUGCCAUUGGCCCAUAUUCAUCCAAAUAUCGCGCUCGCACUCAAAGCAGUAAAGGUCGCGGCCGCCGAAAGUGGUGAAGUGCCGAGGCCGCUGUCGCCUGUGAAAGGACAUUGCGCCCCGUCGACGAUCCCGAAGAGCAUUCCGUGGUUCCGUACGUCAAAAUCGACAGCUCUCGCAUUCUCUUCGGCGUGAUACUUGUGAUGAGGAUUUCAAUUCGCAAGUUGUCGUCCUCGAUCGGCGCGGGUUCUCGCAUUAGACGGACAACGUACGAACGGGAGGUGGGUGGAAUUGGCGGCAGCGACGCCGGCAGGAUACCACCUUUUGUUCACCAAUGAACGCGGAGCUUCGUCAGGAAGAAUAUCGUGGCAAUUGCAACAACAUCAGGAAGCGACAGCAUUGCGACGGCACAUCCCCGAAAGAGAAUCUCCGGCGCGCGAGCACCUUCAGGACGUCCAGCGACUUGAGCGGCGAUCAUGGGACUCGACUUCCUGGCAGACGGAGGUGCCGACUUCGAGCAUGCAAUCACCGUAACAGGUUUCGGGAGAUUUCACUACAUGCUGUUGGCCAUCUGCGGCCUGAUUUACAUGGACACGGCGAUCGGCGUGACGAUACUCUCAUUCGUGCUUCCGGCGGCGCAAUGCGACCUAGAGAUGGACUCCACCGCGAAAGGUUGGCUGACCGCCUCUCCGAUGCUAGGUAUGGUGAUCGGCUCGUAUAUAUGGGGAUGCCUGGCUGACACAAAGGGCAGGAAGAUUGUAUUAAUUGCUACAUUGUUGAUGGACGGUAUCGUGGGCGUCGCAUCCUCGUUCGUUCAGUAUUUUUGGUUAUUCGUGAUCUUCCGAUUCUUCAAUGGAUUCGCCGUGACUGGAGCCAUGGGCAUUUGCUUCCCGUACCUCGGAGAAUUUCAACCCACAAAGUACCGCGAGCGCGUUCUGUGCUGGAUGGAAAUGUUCUGGACGGUCGGUGUGAUAGUCCUACCGCUGAUCGCUUGGCUAAUCAUCCCCAUGGAUUUUACGUACGUGACUGAGACGUUCUACUUUAAAUCCUGGAAUCUCUUCGUCGCGCUUUGCGCCCUGCCAUCGCUCAUGCUCGGCCUGUGGCUCUUCGCCUUUCCGGAGAGUCCCAAAUUCCUAUUGGAGUGCGGUGAAGCCGAUACUGCUCUCGAGGUGUUCAAAUGGAUCUACUCGCGAAACACCGGCGCCGAUCCUGAUACCUAUCCGGUGAAAUGUCUACAAGAGAAAACGAAGCAUCAGGAUAAGAGUACCAGAUCACUAAAGCUGCACAAACGGAAGGAUCUGAAGGUCCUCUUCACGGAAAUACGAGAUCUGACGAGCGCACUUUGCAAGCCGCCUUAUUUGCGCAACACGGUGCUCGCCUGCGCUAUUCAAUUCGGUCUCACCAGCAGCUAUUACACUCUAAUGGUUUGGUUCCCCGAAUUAUUCACCAGAUUCGAACAGUUCGAACACGUGAGACCCGGUGAGACCACAUCGGUGUGCAUAGUGUCUGCUUUACCGGACAAUGGGACCUUGUUCGAUCCCUAUGGUUGCGAUGAUACAAUGAUCGCAUCCUCCGUUUAUUUGCAUACCGUGUAUAUCGGCCUGGCAUGCAUCCCUGGCUCCAUUAUUCUACCCAUUUUUGUACACAAAUUGGGCGCGAAAUUCUUCUUGAUCGUGUCAUUGGUGGUUUCCGGCGCGGUGACAAUAGGUUUUUAUUAUGUGGUGAACUCGACGCAGAAUCUGAUAUUUUCCUGCGUGUUCGAGGCUCUUACAUCCCUUGGGAUCUCUUUAGUUUAUUGCGUGAUCGUCGACAUGUUUCCGACGAAUCUCAGAGUAAUGGCGGCUGCUUUAUCGCUAACAAUGGGUCGGCUAGGCGCUUUGGUUGGCAACCUAGUGUUCGGUUAUCUGAUCGAUUUAGCCUGUGAGAUUCCUAUCGUGCUGUUCGCCGCGUUUCUGUUUGUCUGUGGUAUCUUGUCGUUCCUGCUACCAAAAACUGGGAAGGAAACUCUGGAAUAAUAGAGGGAGAGUCUUUCGAGCUAAUUUGCGCAUUUUGCUCGGAUGACUCGAAGAAUCUGUGGCUUGGACCUCUUUCUUUAGCUUCAUUAUUUAUUAAUAAAUUUAUUUGUAAAAAGAAGAAAUCACAUAUAUUUUAUUUUCGAAGAUGAUAAGCGUACGAAACCUAAGCAAGCGUAAUAAAGAAGUUCGAAGAAAUUUAUAAGAUUGAAAAAAUAUGUCGCGUUUAUGCGUAUACUGAUAUUCUAUGAAUGCGUAUACUGAUAUUCUAUGAAUGCGUAUACUGAUAUUCUAUGAAUGCAUAUAAUAAUGAUAUUCUAUGAAUUUCAUGAAAAGGAUCUGGUUUUUAAUCUUUUGAUCUUUUGACAUAAUAUAUGCUGCUGAGUCUUCGUGAAAAUUUGCGAUUUAUAUUAAUUUUUAUAUAACCGAAAUGAAUAUGAGGAAACACGAAACAUGCUCAAAUCAUUGAUUAUACUA